AUGACACGUGUUUCAGAGAAGGGGGACCUUGUUUCUACCUGUACAAGUGGAGGCGACAUUGGACUUGAAUGGACAGGUAGUGGGAAACAGCAGAGUCCUGUUGAACAAGACAGGCUGGGUCAAGCGUUUGAGGACGCCUUUGAGGUACUGAGGCAACAUUCAACUGCAGACCUUCAGUACUCCCCAGAUUACAAAAAUUACUGGUCUUUCAUUAACCAGUGUCCUCACAUCAGAGGAAAUUCCAACUGCUAUGGAGUCUUACCUGCAGAAGAGCCUGUCUGUAAUUGGAGAACUGUAAUAAACAGUGCUGCAGACUUUUAUCUUGAAGGAAACAUUCAUCACUCUCUGCAGAACAUAGCUGAAAGCCCGUUGUUACCACCUGCUGUUUUACAUCAAAAGGGAGGAAAAGGCCGGAAGAAGCUGCGACUGUUUGAAUACCUUUACGAAUCCCUGCUCAAUCCUGAGAUGACAUCUUGCAUCCAGUGGGUUGAUAAAAACAAAGGCAUCUUUCAGUUUGUGUCAAAAAACAAGGAAAAACUUGCUGAACUUUGGGGAAAAAGAAAAGGCAACCGGAAGACCAUGACUUACCAGAAAAUGGCCAGAGCCCUAAGGAAUUAUGCAAGGACCGGGGAAGUCAUCAAGAUCAGGAGGAAGCUCACCUACCAAUUCAGUGAGGCCAUCCUGCAAAGGCUGGCCCUGCCUCCCUGCCUCGGGAAGGAGGUCUUCUACUCACAGUGUGUGCCACCCGGCCAAGAAUAUCUCAGUUUGAAUAAUUGGAGUGCAAAUUACAACAGCCAUCCAUAUGCCAAUUACCAUGAGCUAAGCCACCCUGGUUAUUAA